AUGUCUGCCAACGAGUCCAAAACUACUGCGUCUGCCCAGUUUCUUUCCAACAUCAUCGGCCAGUCAGUCGUUGUGAAGGUACACAACGGUAUGCUCUACAAAGGGGUUCUGGAGUCAAUCGAUGGGUUUAUGAACAUUGCUUUGAACAAGGCCACAGAACACUACGAAAGUGAUGAAAACGGACUAUUACAUAGAUACGACGGUGACGUCUUCGUCAGAGGAACCCAAGUCUUGUACAUUAGUGAAGCAUAA